AUGUUGAGCCGACAAUUAAUGGCUUCACAUAACAUUCUUUCCUCAUUCAUACAUCAUGCAAGCAGCAAUACUACCUCUCAUCAACUUCAUGCCAACUCUGUUUUCAAAUUUCAUCGAAAUUUCAUUCUAAACUUAGACAAUAAUUCCUCCUCACAGCACAACCGAUUGUGUUUCCGAUCUGCUUCGGAGCACACGUCCAUGAUCAAAAAAAUGUCAUCACAACAACAAACCAGAACUUUUCAUUAUCCUCAAGCCUUUAGAGACACCUCGGCCGUAGAUACUUAUCAAAGUGCAAAAAGAGGUGAAGCAAAGAUUGAAGAUCCAUAUCGUUGGUUGGAAGAACCUUACGGAGAAAAGACAAAGGAAUGGGUCAAUCAACAAGUGGAGUGUUUUGCCAACUAUAUGAAAGAACAACAUAUUGAAGAAAGAGUUGGUGUAACUCGUGAACAGCUUAGAGAACAAAUCACUAAUAUGGUGAAUUUUGAGAAGGUUGGAUGUCCAUUCAAAAGAGGAAAAGGAGAUCUCGUUGGAUAUUACUUCUUUAAGAAUGAUGGAUUGCAAAAUCAAGACGUAUUGUGGGUGAGAAAAUCAUUGGAUAGCGCUGAAAGUGAAGUAUUUGUUGAUCCCAAUACCUUCUCAGCUGAUGGUACAUCUUCAAUCCGAUCAAGUGCUUUCACUAAGAACGGUGACUAUUACGCUUACGGAUUGAGUGAAAGAGGAAGUGAUUGGCAAACUAUUCACGUGAUUGAUGUGAAAACAAGACAACCAUUGAAGGAUCAGAUCAAGUUCUGUAAAUUUACUGGCAUUGCAUGGACUCAUGACUCUCGUGGUUUCUUUUAUUCUCGAUAUCCUGAACCAAAAUCUGCAGUUGAAACUCUUGGCAGUGAAGUUGAUGCCAACGAGUUCAGUAAAUUGUAUUAUCACAAACUUGGUACUCCUCAGGAAGAAGACAUUCUCAUCUAUGAGGAAAAGACUCAACCAAAGUGGAUGUUUGGUGCCACUGUGACUGAUGACGGAAAGUACUUGUUGAUUUAUGUUUCUGAAAGCACAGCUCCAGUGAACAGAUUGUUCUAUGCAAAGAUUUAUAAGAAUGAUCAAGUGGGUGGAGAUCUUGCAUUUGAAAAGGAGAAUCCUGAAGAUGCUCAAUCACGUAUCAAGGUUGUGAAGUAUAUCGACAAUUUUGAUGCUGAAUACGAUUAUAUCACCAAUGACGAAGAUACCUUCUACUUUAAGACAAAUUUGAAUGCUCCAAAUUCAAAGGUGGUUGUCAUGGACGUUACGAAACCUUACACCGAGAUGAAGGAAAUUUUACCAGAAACUGAAGAUCCACUUAGUAUGGCCACCUGUGUCAAUAACAACAUUUUAGUGGCAAAUUAUGUUCAUAACGUUCAAGACAACUUGAAAUUUUUCACACUCCAAACUGGUGAAUAUAUUUCUGACAUUCAAUUGCCUGUGAUUGGAUCCAUUUCAUCAAUUUCAGGAAGACGAGAAGAUUCAGUAUUGUUCUACAAGUUUGUAUCAUUUAACCACGCUGGUACCAUUUACAGAUAUGAUUUUGACACUCAAAAGUCUAUUGAAUUCUAUCAAACCAAGACCAGUGAUUUAGUUCCAUCUCCAGAAUCCAUCGAAGUCAAACAAGAAUGGUAUUCUUCCAAGGACGGCACAAGAAUUCCAAUGUUUGUUGUUCACAACAAGGAAGGCUUUGAAAAGAACGGUAAAAAUCCAUGUUGGCUGUAUGGAUAUGGUGGAUUUAGUAUCAAUUUGCAACCCUCUUUCAGCAUUAUGCGUUUAUUCUGGAUCAAAUACUUUGGAGGAAUGGUUGUAAUUCCCAAUUUGCGAGGUGGUGCCGAACUGGGAGGAGAGAAGUGGCAUCAACAAGGUAUUUUAGAUCGAAAGCAAAAUGUAUUUGACGAUAUGAUAGCUGCUGCCGAAUUUAUAAUCAAAGAAGGUUAUACAUCACCACCUUAUAUUAGUCUCAAUGGUGGCAGUAAUGGAGGUCUUUUAGUAGCAGCAUGCAUCAAUCAAAGACCUGAUUUGUUUGGUGUUGCAAUUCCUCAAGUAGGUGUUCUGGAUAUGCUCAAGUUUCACACUUGGACCAUUGGUGCAGCAUGGUGUAGUGAUUACGGAUGCAGCUCUGAUCCCAAUGGUUUUGAUUAUUUGAUUGAAUACUCCCCACUCCAUAACAUUAAGCCACAGAAAUAUCCAGCAGUUCUCGUAACAACAGCCAAUCAUGAUGAUAGAGUCGUUCCUCAUCAUUCGUUCAAAUAUACUGCUCAACUUCAACAUGUGGCAGGACCUGUUAAUCAGGUACCACUUUUGAUAAGAAUUGAAACAAGUGCAGGACAUGGAGCAGGUAAAUCAUUGCAAAAGGUCAUUGAAGAAAUGGCUGAUAUUUACUUGUUUGUUGCCAAUGAGAUGGGCAUUCGAUUUAAGGGGAAAUAA